GUGCUGAAUUGUCUCUGAAAUGUCGGGCCCGCCUGGGGAUUAAGAAACAACCAAUAGAUGUUGUCACAUGGGAUGUGAAUAACAACUCAGUGAAACGCUUAAAUUUUUCAAGAUUUCAGGAAAAAACUCGUUUUUUUCAAGGACAUGAUCAAGCAUAUUACAGAGAGACCACUUUGCAUAUUGCUGAAAUAAAAAAGGAGGAUCUGAAGGCAAAUUUCACAUGUGUAGCAAUGAAUCAAAUGGGCCACACAAAAGCCACAGUGACGUUACAACUCAAAGCACAAUUGUGUCUACCUAAUAUCCUCUUGAUUGCAGGAUCUCUAGUUCUGCUAGUUGCGAUAGCAGUCUCUGUUAUACUUUAUCAGUCCUUUCGAGUUGAUAUCAUCUUAUUGUAUCGGGAGAUAUUUCAGCCCUACUCAGUCAAAGACGAUGGGAAGAUUUAUGAUGCAUAUGUUAUCUAUCCCAAAAAUCACACAAGUGAAGCUAAUUUUGUGGAAUAUUUUGUUUACCAAAUCAUGCCAGAUAUUCUAGAAAGUAAAUGUGGAUACAAGCUGUGUAUUUAUGGGAGAGAUAUAUAUCCAGGAGAAGAUACAGCCAGUGCUAUUGAGAAGCAGAUGCAGAAGAGCAGACGGCUGAUCAUCCUUUUAACCAGUCAGCUGAUUAAUUGUAAAGAACACGCUUAUGAUCAGCAUAUUGCUUUGUAUAACACUCUCAUUCAAAAUGAUACAAAGGUGAUCCUGCUGGAGAUGGAGACAAUUGGGACUUACGAGAAGCUUCAGGAAUCUCUUAAGUUUAUUAUUAAGCAGCAAGAUGAAACUUCAGAAACUUGA